UGAUGUCUGUCAGAAGGAAGUCUUCAUGUGAUGUCUGUCAGAAGCAAGUCUUCAUGUGAUAUCUGUCAGAAGCAAGUCUUCAUCUGAUAUCUGUCAGAAGCAAGUCUUCAUGUGAUAUCUGUCAGAAGCAAGCCUUCAUGUGAUGUCUCUCAGAAGCAAGUCUUCAUGUGAUAUCUGUCAGAAGCAAGUCUUCAUGUGAUGUCUGCCAGAAGCAAGUCUUCAUGUGAUGUCUGUCAGAAGCAAGUCUUCAUGUGAUGUCUGUCAGAAACAAGUCUCUUUGUGAUGUAUGUCAGAAGCAAGUCUUCAUGUGAUGUCUGUCAGAAUCAAGUCUCUUUGUGAUGUCUGCCAGAAGCAAGUCUUUAUGUGAUAUCUGUCAGAAGCAAGUCUUCAUGUGAUGAGUGUCAGAAGCAAGUCUUCAUGUGAUGUCUGUCAGAAGCAAGUCUUCAUGUGAUGUCUGCCAGAAGCAAUUCUUCAUGUGAUAUCUGCCUGAAGCAAGUCUUCAUGUGAUAUCUGCCAGAAGCAAGUCUUCAUGUUGUGUGUUUCGGACUCCAGCCUUCGUGUGAUGUCUGUCAGACGCUAGUCUUCGUGUGAUAUCAUCACAACCUGGUGUAUGUAAAACCCUGGUGAAUGUAAAUGGUAUUAGUGUGUCAGAGUGGACAUGAUGUUAGACAGAUAUUGACAGAAGAGUUAAGCUUUGGAUCCACUUCUAAGAAGCAACUGUAUUGUCACAUUUCUCGUGACUGUGGUGGUGAAACGUCCUUGUAUGUAGCCUAACAGUACAAUCCCCCAGUGCAUCUACAGCCAUCCUCAUCAUCGUUAUCUUCAUAGACAGGUGAAGCAUCCAGGGAGCCACCGAACUGACGACAAGCAACAGAGUAAGACAAAGAACUCAUGAAGAAGGAAUAUAACGCUUAUCUAGGGUAAAGCUUCAACAUGUGUUGCUGAAGUUGGGAACUACUAGAAUUUCAAUAACUGUAUAUGUGGAAUUAAUUUCUGGAAUGAUAGUAACAGCUGGUGCCAAUAUGCAUGACCCGAUUGUCUGGGACAAGGACGACCAUUUUAUGCUACUUGGUGUCAUUGCGUGCUUCUUGAAAGAGCCAGAGAACCCAGAGAACGACCUAACUCUGCGGUGUAAUGCUGCAACGUUGAAACAGUAACCAGUUGGAGGUAUAAAUACUUGACACAAGGUCAGGUCUGUGACAAAAUGAGGAAUAUUGACUGAGGCGAAAACCAGCUGUCAUUGAACAUAACCCUUCAUCAUGAGGGUGGCGAAGUUGCAGCGAUACAUCGCUAUCGGUGUGGUGACAUAUUUUGUAAGUUCAAUCAUGUUCUACAGUUUUUUUAAGAGUUCCCAAGAUACUAAAACUAUCAGAAGAAAGUCAACGAGAGAAUACCAUUUUCAAAAAGCAGGAACCUGUGAGACAUCUGAAGACACCGCGUAUACCAAAGAGGACGGUGUCUGACCCUCUGACUCAACACUGUGUGCAGGAUCCAAGGUAUGCCGUUAAUCUCCGAUAUGUUCACGCUAAACUUACAUCUCUGAUCUUCCUUUUCUCAGCCUAUGCAGAUUAUAGAGCUGAAACGCCACGUGUUCGUAUCAUAGGAAUUAUCAACAAAAAUAUGGCCUAUACGAGUCUAUAUUGCCACUACAAGGUUCCCGUGAUGACGGAGGAUGGUAGCAAGAUUCACGAGCUGAUUUCCGUUGAGGCUGAGCGAUAUGAGCUGUGUGAGAACCAUCUUCGUGCGUUUUGGGGGUGGAUUUUGUCCUGCCCUCUGCUGGAGAUUCAAGGGAGACAACCAUGUUUUGUCUACGUCGGCUUAUCUCGGAAGGACACUGUCAAUAGUGUUGAGAUGUCCAUACUCACAACAAAAAAGUCGCAACCGGAAGAGAAGACUGAUUUUGCUGUUUGUGUCCCGCCUUUAUAUGGAAGGUUAACCAGAUUUUCUAUUGUUCAAUUUGUUGAGCUGAGUCGUCUUCUUGGCGCGCGCCAUUUUGUUUUUUAUGAUUUUGGUAUUACGCCAGAUGUGCAAUUAGCACUGAAAUACUACCAGUCUGUUGGGCUGGCUUCUGUCAUUCCGUGGGAUCUCCCAGUUUCAUGGAGGGCAAUAUCGUAUCUUGGACAGAGCGUGGCUCUUACGGAUUGCCUAUACCGACACAUGUCGGCGGUUAAUUAUCUUAUGUUUAACGAUCUAUACGAGUUUCUCGUACCACGUGACAUUUCCGCGAGAUCUUGGCAUGAUUUGACGACCAUGUUGAAACCAAAUAUAUGUGAAACGCAUAUUUCCAAAUUAAUAAUUUACCAGCUUGUAACCAGGUCGCAACCGGAAGAGAAGACUGAUUUUGCUGUUUGUGUCCCGCCUUUAUAUGGAAGGUUAACCAGAUUUUCUAUUGUUCAAUUUGUUGAGCUGAGUCGUCUUCUUGGCGUGCGCCAUUUUGUUUUUUAUGAUUUUGGUAUUACGCCGGAUGUGCAAUUAGCACUGAAGUACUACCAGUCUGUUGGGCUGGCUUCUGUCAUUCCGUGGGAUCUCCCAGUUUCAUGGAAGGCAAUAUGGUAUCUUGGACAGAGCGUGGCUCUUACGGAUUGCCUAUACCGACACAUGUCGGCGGUUAAUUAUCUUAUGUUUAACGAUCUAGACGAGUUUCUCGUACCACGUGACAUUUCCGCGAGAUCUUGGCAUGAUUUGACGACCAUGUUCAAACCAAAUAUAUGUGGGCUCUCAUUUAGAAACGCAUAUUUCCAAAUUAAUAAUUUACCAGCUUGUAACCAGGGCAACCGUUGCUUGACAGUGUUACGUGCUACGGAGAGACAUGAACGAUUUCCAAAUAUGGGAAGGAAUAAAGUGAUGGUUGAUCCAUAUAAGGUAUUUCAGAGGGGGAUACACCACGUGGGUCGACCCUGGCCCGACGUUGCCAACUACAGCGUGAUAGAGGUUCCUCCUGUCGUCGCGUAUGUUCACCAUUACAGAGCGCUGCAGGAUGACGCAAUGGCGGAAAGGUUUACCAACGAUAAGUUCCUAGUGGACACAUACAGUGACCCGCUGAUCAGAAUGUAUAGCAAAGGUCUUGUUGCCAUUCGGGCAUUUAGUCGCAAUAACAGAACUUAGCUUAGGAACACUGUGUUAGGUAACAAUUCCUCCCCCAUUAGAAUCGGUCUUCAGUCAGCCAUCUUGUUAGAGGCGAUUGCUUGUCGUGAGAAGCGACUAACGGGAUCGGGUGUUCAGACUCGCUGGCUUGUUGAUGCAUGUCAUCGUAUCCCAGUUAGGUAGAUCGAUGCUCAUGUUAUCAAUCACAGGA